GCGCGAACGGAAACUUCAUUUAAGUUCAUUUUCAAAUUGGAGAAACUUGCGGUCGAACCUCAUGAACGGCGGCGUGGAGCACGUCAGUGACUUAGAACGUUUCGGGUGACCGGGGAUCAGUUGGUGAAGUCUUUGCGGUUUUGGAACCUGGAACUAAAAACGUUGAUGUCAGCUUUAGAACCUCGAGCGUUAGUUCGCCUCAACCGUUGAAUAACGCUACUUCUACAACUUGACCCUUAUUUCAACAAUGGAGAUCAUGACGUGUGUGAGCCACCAGCAGGCCAGCCAGCUGCUCCACAACAAGUUCGUGGUGGUGCUGGGCGACUCCAUUCAGAGGUCAGUCUACAAGGACCUAGUUCUUCUAUUGCAGAAGGAGAAAUAUCUCUCCCCAAGACAACUGAAGAGCAAGGGAGAGAAGAAUUUUGAACAAGACUGCCUGGUGGAAGGUGGUACUUUUCAUCCAAUGCAUAAUGGAACUGAGUACCGGGAGGUACGCCAGUUCCAGUCCGCCCACCAUUUGGUCCGCUUCUAUUUUGUCACUCGAGUUUACUCUUCCUAUAUGCGGAGCAUCUUACAAGACCUACGCCGUGACCUGAAACCUGAUGUAAUCAUCUUCAACUCCUGUGUUUGGGAUAUUUCCAGAUACAAUUCCAGUUCGCUAGAAAACUACAAAGAGAACCUACACACAUUUUUCGCUGAGAUUAGGGAGAUUCUGCCGAAGGAAACACUGGUCAUAUGGAACCUCACCAUGCCCUUAGGAAAGACGAUCAGAGGUGGUUUCCUGGUGCCCGAGAUUGAGCACAAGGCUUCUCAGCUGCGUUACGAUGUGAUUGACGCCAACUUCUUUAGCGGUACUCUGGCUGAUGCCUAUGGGAUGGACGUGUUGGACUUCCACUUCCAGUUUCGCUUUUCCCUGCAACAUCGUAUGGGGGACGGAGUCCACUGGAACGCCCUUGCCCACCGCAAGAUAACCUCUCUGCUGUUGGAGCACUCUGCACAGGCCUGGGGUGUUAUUAUGCCCAGUCCACUGUCUGGUGUGGAGCAUACUGAGGUUGCUCAGCUGCCAGCCAAUGGAAGUUCCAAACCUAAAGGAGUACAUCGAGCAGUACGUACUCCUAAGAACCGCUACCAUCCUCCCACCAACAAUUUUUCCAACAUGGAGCGACACCCAUCAAGGAGAUAUUAUAAUGGCUACAGAGAGGAGUUCUACCCUGAUUACCCGCCUUUUGGUUUCAUGAACAUCCCGCAGCCAUAUGCAUAUUGCCUACCACCCCACCUCAGACAUGGGUUCGACUACAGGCCGCCCAACAACAAGCACCAUCAACAGAACGUGAUGAGGAGCCGACGUGCCAGACAUCACUAUGCUCCGUACACACAACUGCGAUACGGUCAAUAUGGCCAUCAUGGCCGCUACUAAUGAGGCAGGGAGUUUUUACAGGAUUCGGAUAUAGUGUUCCCAUAAUUGUUGUUUACUGCAGUUUCUUCCUCAUCUGCAGUACAAUUUUGUUUCACAAGAGGCUUGUAACUAGGAGGAAGCAUUAAUCCUCAAAUGGCUUGGUUCACACUGCGAUGUAAUUUAUUUCAGUGAAUGGCCUCUGACAUGUACAUAUUGGUCUUUUUGCUAAUAUUGUAAAUUGGUAGUCUUCUAGUUGAAUUUUCAUUUUUUUGAGUUCUGGCACCAAAAAUUGAUUUUAAAUAUAUUUCUAAGAAUUUUUAAUUCUGCACUAAAAUGUGUCAGGUGAUGUGUUCUAUUAAAGUUGAUGCUAUGAUUUCGAGGGGACUGUUUUUGACUUGUUUUAAAACGAAUAAUUUAUUACAGUGCUAAAUUAAUGAGCCUUCUGAUGCUGUCACCCACCAAUCGAGUAUGGUAUAAAGAUUUAAUUUCCUUUUAUGCCUGGUGUGUUCACGACUUUUAACAUUGUUGUGGAAAUAAGAACGAGAUGUAUGCAAUCAAAGAAGUGAUUGCAUAUAUAUCUGCUUUGCCCAAGCCUGUAACAAUGUAAUUUUGCUACAUUUGAUAAUUUAUUCAUUUAAUCCUUUGGUAUAACAGAUUUUGAACUUUAGAUGCCUUGUUAUUAUACCAAACUGAUUACUACAGUCCCUGACAAAAGUCUUGUCACUUAUCCAUUUUGUAGAAACAACAGCUUAUAACCU